AUGCGUCGCACGAGUGCCUUUGCCCUCCGAAGCUCCUACACCGUUGCGAGCGGUGUGUCACGGCGUGGUGGUAACGCCUUGCGUGUGAAUGACGAGACGCAGCAAAUACAAGAUCACGAUGUUUUUCUUGAAGCGGAGUAUUACUUGAAUGACGAAGAGUGCCAACUCCUCGCAGCACCGAUUGCAGACUUUCUUUCACGCUGCACAAGUUACGAUAUGUUAGGCACAUCCACACAGGUGGUCGUACUUGAUGUAGACGUGGCGCUAACUGUUGCAUUUAUCGCUGCCCAGGAAACGCGACUCAAUGCGUGUGUCUUGUGGGAUCCCACUGCCCGUGCCUUUUGUGGGAUGCUAAGUUCGACCGAUUACAUUGAUAUUCUUUUGUAUUGUCAUGAUCACCCGGAUGAGGCAGAGCAGGUUGCACGGUACACAAUACGAGAAUGGCGAGAAAAGAAACGGGAUGCGUCAGAUAUUCGAAAUAAGCAGAUUUUAUCAUCACUAUCGCCAACCUCAGCAUUUGUCACAUGCGCACCGGAUACAACUUUGAUUAAGUGCCUACAACUGAUUCUGCGUCACCACGUCCGCCGAAUCACUGUACUAGCAAAUAAGGAGGCCAAUGAUGUGAGUGUGGUAGCCAUAUUGGAUCUGCAGCAGAUUCUUCUGUACCUCGGUGCAGUCUUCUUAUCUAUUGAAGCGGUAGGGAAUGGGCGCCGUGGUGUGGGGGUGGCAGCGGGGGUGGAUGAUGUAAACUCCCCGGUAGGUGUUUCCGGUGGUGUUAACGCUGGUAUUUCACCGGAUGGCGUUGAUCCCGCCGACACGGAUCUCCUGUUUGCUGAAGGGGUACUCCCGCCGCAUGUCCGCAAUCUUCUCUUUGCCCCCAAUGAAGGGGAAGGGGAAAAUCCAUUGAUGGAAUUUGGAAAGGAGCCGCGUGUUGGUCCAUACCGCACCAUAUUUGACAUCCCCUUCUGCUACGUUCCCCAAUUAGGGAGGCAUCGGGCGCAUGCCAUUUCCGUCACACUGGAAUCCCCGCUGCUUGAGGCUCUGCGACUCAUGUUGCAGCACGACAUUGAGAGCAUUGCCGUAGUGUCAGAGGAAUACAUCAUUGUGGAUGUCAUAAACCGCAGCGAUAUCGUCCGCAUUGAGGAUCAGGGCGUGUAUGACACGGAACUUACCGUCCGUGAGGCAAUUGGGAGCACAGUGAGUGCAAAAAUAUGCGUUUUUCAUGCUAAGGAUGCACUGCGGGAUAUAUUUUUUCACUUUGCGCGGCAGCGGGUGAAGGAGCUCUUCCUUGUUGACCCCGACACCGACAAGCUGCUGGGCCAACUGAACAUUGCGGAGAUGGUUUUCUUUUUAGUGUUUGGUGUCACCACGACUAGCGCCACUGGGGACGUUCGAAGUUGUGUACAAACGGCGUUUUCCUCCUCUCCCCUUCUCGCCCCUACCCUGAAUCCUGCACGUGCCGUUGCCGCUGCCAACGAUAAUGACGGCAACGCACAAAAAUAA